CCAGUCCAGCAAGAUGGGUUUCCAGGCUUGGCUGGCCCCGCCCGUUCCAAAACCGCUGGGCUGGGGGACUGGAGCUGUUACUCUCCGGAGACGAGCGUGGCAGUGGACGUGCUGGUGUCCCCGGGCAUCCCGCCGCAGCGGGUCGGCACGCUGGAGCCAGCCCACAGGUCGCUCCUGGGGUCUCUGGUGUGGGAAGGUGACUGGAGAACAGAUGUUUUCAUGGCCUCAUUGAAAGAGAUGGAUAAAGGCAACUCUGUGAAGCUUGUCCUGACUGUCAAUGGGCAGCUGCUCCGAGGUGUCUCCAACAGUACGCCCGCCCGCCCCUUCCUCGUCCCAGAGACCACACAGUCACCAGUGCUCCCAGUGGAUGAUGUGCCCCUUGGCCAGUACCUAGAGGAUCCUACUGCAGUUAAUAGUCAGAGCUCAGAGGUGACUGCUAGAGGUGACUGCAGGCUCGAGAGGAAGGACGUCCGCCCAUCACUGAGGACCCUGGCAGUACCCUGUGGCCUGAAGCCACCAUCUGUCAAAGUGGAGGCCAGUGAGGCCUGGAGGAAGAGUCCUGUCCACCCCAAGAAGCCCAGGAAAGUUUUGUUUGAACCCACAGCAUCUGAGAGCGAUCUUGAUGAAGAAGAUCUGGCGGUGAAGGAGUUGCAAGGCAGUCCCAGCCCCCGGUGGUGCCAUGCCAUGUGCCUCAGUGACCUGGGGACAGCUGUUCUGAUCGGUGGAGAAGGUGUUGAUGAGCAGUCUUGCAAGGAUGCACUCUGGAAAUUGGAAAUUGACAGUGAUUUCUGGCUUCCAGUGGGUUCCCAGCUACAAAAUGCCAUGCCAUCAUACUUGCGUGGUCACACAGCUACCUAUGACCCAGACACCAAGCGUAUCUAUGUCUUUGGGGGCAUAAAGGAGGACAAAGACUUCAGUGGCAUCUACAUUCUGGACACAGUCACCUGGAAAUGGCUCCUUGUGGCUGCUAAAGGGAGGAUGCCAGCGCUCACCUACCACAGUGCCACUAUCUACCGCAAGGAGCUCUUUGUUUUUGGAGGGUCUUUCCCCAAAAAGGCAUCGCUGGCAGUUGGGCCCUGCAGCAAUGCGCUCUAUGUGUUCAAUCCAGAGCAUGAAAUUUGGUACCAGCCCAUCUCAGAAGGGGAGAAGCCUCUGCCUAGGCUUGGGCAUUCAGCUACUCUACUGAAGAACAAGCUGCUGAUUUUUGGGGGUCGGAGAACUUCUCUCUACCUCAGUGACAUGCACAUCCUGGAUCUAGGUUUCAUGGAGUACACACCAGUCCCCCUCCUCGCAGGACAGCCUUCUGCACGUUGUUUUCAUGCAGCUCUGGCUGUGUCAGACCAGAAGGUUCUGAUCAGUGGAGGCUGCAAUGCCAAGGGGGCCCUACAGGAUGCUUUUGUCUUCCACCUCGCUGGCCACACGUUGCUUAACCUGACUCCUGGCUGCCUGAUGGAUGUGGGCAAGGAGAAAAAAGAGGAGCAUAACCUGCACACGGUGUUGGUCUUUGGGGGCUCCAACUGUGCUGGGACCUUUUACAACAGUACAGUCAAGAUUCAGCUGGACCUAGAAUAA